AUGGAGCAAAAUAAAGUGCCGUCACAGUUUCCGUUUCCACCGCACAACGAUGGUUUUGAACGUUUUCGUUCUGGUGCAGAGGUGGUCGAAGGUGCGCCACGGUCCCGAAGGCCUGUCGUCGAAAAUUGCGAUAAAAUCGCUGAAUUGAUCGAAAAAGAUCGGCAUAGUAGCAGCCGUAGCAUCGGUCAAGAGCUGGGCAUGAGUCAUCAAACCGUUAUAAACCAUUUGAAGAAGCUUGGAGACACUAAGAAGCUCGAUGUAUGGGUGCCAUACGAAUUGACGCAAAAGAACAUCUUUGUCCGUAACGACGCAUGCGAAUCGCUUCUAAAUCGCAACAAAAUCGACCUGUUUUUAAAGCGGAUGACUGGCGAUAAAAAGUGGAUCACUUACGACAACGUGAAGCGCAAACGGUCGUGGUCCAAGCCUGGAUUAACGGCCAGGAGGGUUCUUCUGUGUGUUUAG